AUGUCUCAUUAUCAAAUAUGUUGGAAAUACACAUGUAGACCUAACAAUGUUGUCAAUUUGGACUUCAAUGGAAUUAUUAUAAGAGUAGAAUUCACUCACUAUGGUGGUGCAUUAUUCCACAUUAUUAAUAGCAUGACUUCAACAAGCUGUCAUCCUCGACUUGGUUAUGAAUGUGCCAAGAUAAUGUCUAAUCACUACCCAGAGCGAUUAGGAUUAGCAAUAUGUAUACGUCCUGGACCAGCCUUCAAAGUAGCUUGGCAAGCAAUUAAACCAUUUUUACCGCAGACGACAGUGUCAAAAGUUUGCCUAAUUAAAAGUAAAUCACAAAUAUGCUCAACAUUUGAACAAUAUUUCUCACCGGAAAUGUGUACAUGGCUAUUGGAUGAAGUGAAAUUCAACCGAACUAUUCAGACAUCAAGUACAUAUCGUCCAUUCUGGUUACCGCCAAAAGAUUCCAAGGAUAAACAUGACCCUAGAGGUGAUCAGGUUUACACACGUGAUUGGCUCAUACUGAAUCAUCCAUCUGGGCACUUACCACAUCCAAAUAUUGUUGAUCAUAUGCUUGGUAGUUUAAAUUCGAAUAAUUAUGAAAUAAAAUUAUACAGUGAUGAGUCACCAGAAAGAGAAUUCGGUGAUUUCGAUGAACAAGAAAACGAUGCUGAUGACGAAGAAGAAGCUAAAAGGCUUGCUACGAAGUUACCUAAAGAAUUUAUGAUUCCUGAAGAUGCAGAAAAGUUAACAUAAAC